CGUAUGAUCGUAGCUAUGUUCAUAACAACUGUGGAACCGGUUUUAGCCAGAAAAGAAAAUUUCUUGAAUUGUUGCGGCCUAGCGUAGUCGUCGAGAACGAUUCCACGGGCGUGGUGGUACUUCGCUGUCCUACUUGUUUUAGCUACGAAUUCUACAGGAAAAAAGUUAAAUCACUGCAAGCAGCAAGCCCACUCAACAUGCCACCGACGGAAGGAUCUGAGAAGUACUUUGUCGGCGUGGAAGGCGGCGGUACCUCCUCGAACGCCGUCCUGCUGAGCAGCAAGGCUGAAGUGCUGGCCACCAGCAAGGGCGACACCACCAACAUGUGGAACAUCGGCAUUCCAGCCACUUGUGCAAAUAUCUGGGCCAUGGUUGUCGAUCUGCGCAAGCAGGCAGGCCUGCCGGACGGAGAGAAGAUCGCGGGAAGAUUGUGCCUGUCGGGUGCGGACGAUGACACGGAGAACAAGAAACUCGUGGAUGCCCUGGACAAGGAAUAUCAUCUGGCAGAGCAAUAUGUCAUUGAGGCGGACACCAUUGGGUCGCUGGCCACGGCUCUUCCUGAUCUGUCCGGGAUCGUUUUAAUUUCAGGCACCGGCUCGAAUUGCGUUUUGCGCAAUCCGGAUGGAAGCACUGUCAAAUGUGGUGGAUGGGGUCAUUUACUGGGCGACGAAGGCUCGGCGUACUGGAUAGCCUUGCGCGCCGUGAAGAUUCUCUUUGACCAUGACGAUAAUUACCGUUUAAGUGAUUUCAACGCGGAUAAACUGCGAAAGCAUGUUUUCAAAUUUUUCAACGUGAAGCAGCGCUCCGAAAUUCUGCCGUAUUUCUACGCACCUUUCCAGAAGUCUGCUAUUGCCAAUAUGGCAGCGGCCAUUGCCGACGGAGCAACCGAGAACGACCCCCUGUGUAAAUUUUUGUAUCAGGAUGCCGGAAAACGUCUGGCACAACACAUUAAAGCUAUUACGCCGCACAUUUCCCAUGAGUUGCUGCAGAAAAACGGCGGAGUCCCGGUGGUUUGUGUGGGAUCUGUCUGGAAAAGCUGGCAACAUCUGCAUGAUGGCUUUUUGGAAGGGCUCGAUCACUGUAUUCCGGCUCUUCGUCUAAUGCGCCUCAGUGGCUCAUCAGCAUAUGGCGCGGCUUACUUAGCUGGUUUGAAGUACGGGGUGCGAUUGCCCAUCGAUCAUCUUCGCCCCACUGAAUUGUUUUACGAGUUCGAUGGCGCUACUUGCUCCUUGGAGGAGAGCAAAAAGAUGCGCUGGAUCCGCGAACGCAAGCACACUGAGGAAUCUGUGUUGGACGAUACUUAGUACGGUGUCCUUCCUGCCCGGCUUCGAUUUUCGUGUUUACUGAGAAAUCUAUGUUUUUCCUUUACUGCUAGAAAUAAGCGCUUUUAGUAUACUGCUAGUGCUCGGAGCAGCUUUAGCCUGAAUUUUGUGUUACUUUGUUCUAAGCAUGCAACAGCUGCAAUUUCAACGCAUGCACGUUGUAAUAAUUUUGUGUUUUUAUUCUUUUAUCCUAACCGGUCGCUUGUUAGGUUAGGCACGUUCGUUCUAAUGGAGGGAUAAUUGUGGCUAAUCAUGGUAAAGUGUUCAUGAUACCGGUAUUGCCAAGCGUAACAAAUUUUACAGAGCUUAACAAAAUUUACAGAGCUGUAAAUUUA